AUGCGCCGCCGCAGUCAAGUGAAGCGUGUUCUCGUUGACGAGUCGGAUGAGGAAGGACUCGGCAACGACACAACGCAGACACAUCCAACUGACGACGUACCACCUACACGAGCCCAGCGUCAGUCCAAGGCCAUUGCCCUCGAGAAGCGUGGUGUUCUGGGCUUCCCUGGUUCCGAAAUCGUCAAAGAAGACCACUACAUCAUCGUCGAAGUCGAGGUCGUCGAGCAGGACUUCAAUGAGGUUGAAGGAAGCGAUGGCGAACAUCAAGUUGCAGCGCAAGGCUCUGAUGACGGCAGCGAGGAAGAUGAUGAGGACGAUGAAGGCAACAAUGGCGAGGUCGAGGCUGAAGAUGAUCUAGUGGGAAAGAAUGAUCAGAACCUCGAGCGGAUCCUGGCAGACGAGACCGCCGAAUGGGUUCAAAAUGACCUCGAUUCCGAUUCCGACUCCCCCUCCCUCAACCGGGAUCCUUCAACCCCUCCAUCUUCCUUUCGCCACUCUCAACACACCGUGACGGCGCAUGUGAAGUCUACAGCUACUAAGAAGGCUAGUCGGAACAAGAACAAUCGUAAACUGCAGCACAAGCCCGAAUCUAGGUCCGAGAUUCCCAGUCACCGGAAGCGUGCAUCGCAGCCAGACGAGUCGGAAUCAGAGGAUGAUGGUCAUGGGGACGAGCCGCCGAAGCCACUGCGCAAGAAGGCAAAGGUAUCCAAUCCCAGCUCGCGGUCCCGAUCUUCCUACAAGGACACCAGUCCGUCGCAACAGAAGUCGGUUGAUUAUGGUGCAACGCGCAAGCCCACGUCCGUGAAAGCUUCACAGUCAACCAUGGCGACCACAGUGAAGGCCAAAAAUGCGAAUGGUGGGGCCAUGAAGCGUCCACGGACCCGAGUUGAUGAGCAACCAAGAUUCAUCAACACACCGGACGACGAUACGUCGGACGAGGGGCACACGCAUAAGAAGGCCAGAGACGAAGAAUAUUCUUCCGCAGAAGAGGAUAUUGACCAUGGCGAGAGUAUCGAGCCUGUGCGCAGCAGCAGUGGCCGAUACAACCUCCGGAAGCAGCCGCUACGCGUCAGACACGUUGCUGAAGCGGCGAUCACUCAGAUAGAGUACUACCUCGUGUUGAAGAACGCGUUCCCAGAUGGCCCCGAGAAGUACAACGUUGCCAUUCGCCAGACUCUUGUCAAGUGCGCAGAAGCCCUCAAGGACCGAGACGUUGCGACAAGGCUCAAGACCGAUGCAAGCUACGCUCGGAAGAUCUCAGGGAUUCCAGCACAACGUAUCCCAAUCUUCCGUGGGAGAGUCAAAUCCAACGUCACUGCACUCUCGGGUGGUCUCUUCAGUCUAGACACAGAGGACGAGCACAAGAUCGACUGGCUCACUGAAGAGGAUCGCUUCAUCUACCGUUGUGAUUACAUUAACGACAUCGUGCACGGCGGAGAACCAUUCAGUGACCCCAUCUUCACGAACAUCCUUCGUACUUCGUUCUUCAAGAAGUCGUCAAGUGUUGGAUAUGCAGUGAGAGAUUCGCUGUCCUCGUCUGUUGCCAGCAAGCCCGACGAGAAGGAGAUUCCUGCGCCGAUGCUUGCGCUUGUUGCCACAGCGAUUUACGCAGCACUUUAUGACGAUGUCAUGGACAUUCUCAUGGAUAUACGCGAUCAGAGCGUCACGAAGUACCACGCCCUCAUGCACGGUUUCUAUCGGACAGUGACAACCUCUGGUACUAGUGUGGGACGCCGAUCGGUUACCCGCAAGGCCCCACGGUUUCUUGACGUCUCUGCCAUGCCGGAAGAUGACUGA